AGUGACAGUCGACAGCUGUUGAUAUUGACAUAUUGUGCAAAUCAAAUGUUGAUGUGGAAAAAUUUUAUUUCUAAUGCAACUACCUAAUUGAAAGGCUUAUUUUAUUCAUAGUAAAGCUAUGUUGAAGCUGGAUUCAACACACACAAAGUAAUUUAUAAUUUCAAUAUGGAACAAUUUGCCAAUAGUGACAUCAAUAAAAAACAUAAUCUUGAAGAUUUAUCGAAAAAUGAGCUGAUAAGAAAGUGUGCCCACCUGCUGACUCUAGCUCAAAAGGCAAAACAAGCUAAGGCUUCACUUCAAGAUGAAAAUAGCAAACUCAAAGAAAUGCUAUCCAGUAAAAAUAGUAACUUGGGCAUAUCAGGAGAAAUUACUAAAGAGUUAUCUGUAUCUCAUGGAGAAAUGCCAUUGGUAAAGAUGAUUUACGAAUUGGGAGACUCUUUGAAUAAUGUUUCAGACGAGAUGUCUGUCAAAAGCAAGUUAACAGAGUUUAAGAAACAUGUGCAAACACUAAAACAUUACUUGAACAAUGAAGAAGUGCAACAAGUCUUAUCCCACUUCAAAUUUAAUAUUUCUUCAAGAGAGAUGGAUAAUUAUGAAGUUGAACAGCAACUAGACAAUAUUAAUGAACUAAAGCAAUCAAAUGUUAGAUUAAGAGAAAAAAUUAAAUUCUACCACACCAAGAUAGUGAAAUUAGCUUCAAAUGUUAAAUCAGUAAAAGAUGAAAAGAAUUAUGUUUUAAAUGUAUUCAAAUCUUACAUGGAACAGGUGCAAAAUUGGAAAGAUCAACUUUGUAUUUGCAAAACCACAGUUGUAAGGUAUAUUGAAAAUAUAGAACUUGAAAAUCAGACUUUAAAACAACAGUUAGACAAAAAAGAUACUGGGGAACCUCAAAAUGAUUUGAUGGAAACUAUCUCACAGUAUCAAAGUAAAUUAGAUAGCUUAAAACUAGACUAUGAACAUCUGGUUUCAAAGUUAAAGGAAGUUCAAACCACAAACAAAGAUCUAGAAGUAUCUAAAGAGAGCAAUGUCAAAGAAUUAAAUGAUUUAAGAAAGAAUUAUGCUACAGUACAAAAUAAUUUUGAACAAUUGACUAAAGUAUAUCAAGAUCUACAAAAGAGCAAUGAAGAACAGAGAAGAGAGCUAGAUAACUUGAACAAUGAAAAGAAGUCAUUUAAAAUAAUUUUAGAAGAAAAAUCUGCAAUGACGGAGGAUAAUAAGAAACAUGAGAAAUUGAUGAACGAUUUGAAGAAAGAGUUGAAAUCAUAUGAGAAAUUAGGAGAAAAAUCAAGCCAAGAAAUGAGAAGAUUAGUGGAUGAAAACAAAUAUAUGACUAGUAUAAUUGAAAACUUGCAACAAAAAUUAGACAAGCUAGAACAUACCAAAUUAGUACAAAAUGCUGAUAUCCAAACUGAUGCUGAUUCCUGCUUCAUAUCUGCAGAAUUAGAAGAACAGCUGAUCAAUUUAAAGAGAGAAAAUUCAGAGCUGCUAAUAGAAAUGAAUGAAAUGAACCAGGCUAUUAAGGAAAGAGGUGAGACAAUAUCGAUGUUAGAAGCACACUGUGAAGAAGUGAAAAAGAAGCUACAGAUAUAUGAGGCUCAAGCAAAUAAAAAUAUAGAUAGUAUCAGUCAGAAGGAAAAAACUAUAGACGAAUUGAAGGCUGAUCUAGAGGCAUUGAAAAUGUCUAGGCAAACAGGGAUCAAUGACAAGGAACUGGUCAGUAGCUUGAGGAAAGAAAUAGACUAUCUUAAAGAAAAGCUAAAUGCUAAUUUGGAUACUAGCAUUGCAGAAAAUGAAGCAAUGUCUACUUCAACAGUUUCAAGAGCAGAUGAACGGAUUGGAUUGAAGGAAUUGGAAGGAUCAUGGGAAGAGAGAUAUGCGAAACUAAGGAGCUUGGCCAUAAAGCUCAAGGGUAAAAUUAGGGAGCAGAAUAGUAGCUUGUCUGUACAACAGAAGGAUAAUGAGGAGCUUAAAAAUAAACUGACAGCAAGUGUUUCAACUAUACAGGCUUUGCAAUGUGAAAUAGAUAAACUACAGAAUGAGUUGGAUGAUUGCGAAAAUAUUUGCAGGCAGUAUGAGAAUAGGCUGAGUACAGUAGCUACCGAAAUCUCAAACACAAAACUUCAACUCGCCUCGAAAGAUGAAGCAGUAGGACAGCUAAAAAAUGAAAUAGAAACCUUGAAAGGAGAGAAACAAGCAACAGAAAAUUGGAAAAAGCAGAUCAGCGGGAAGAUACAAACAUUGAGGAAAGAAGUCGAAGCCAACAAUGUGAUGAAGAAAGAUUUUGAAGCACGUAUUACUAGACUGACAUCUGAUCUCGACGCCAAGGAGCAAGCACUGAAGUCGGAAAUUGAAAAUCAUAAACAAACAAAAAAUCUAUUAGACCAGUCCAGUAAUGAGUGUAGGAAGAACACUGUACUAAGCUUAGAAAUGCAGGACUAUGAAAGGAGCCAGAAAGAUACUGCAAAGAAAUUAGAAAAACAAAAUAAUGAAAUCGCCACACUGAAAAGUCAAGUAGAGUCGCAGAAAAGUACGAUGAAUGCAUUGCGAGAACAAAAUAAACUCUUAGAAGAAAGAAUCAAUGAAGAAAAGGAAAACGUUGCUUUGCUUAACUCUGAAAUGGCGGCACAGAAGAAACAAAUUUUGAUUUUGGAAAAUGAUAUCGAAAUGAAAGAAGACAAGUUACAAAAUUUGACACUUCAGCUAGAAACUGCAAGGUCGGUGACGGAAGAAUUGAGCACUGAGCUGUCCAAAGCGAUAGCUGAACAUCAAAAAGUGAACGCCCAGUUGAAAGAAGAAAGAGAUUCGUUGCGUGGCCAGACAAUGGGCUUACAACAAAGCCUAAGAGAAAUACAGGAUGAAUGUAAACUAAAGACUGACGAGUUGACGUUUAUACGGCAGGAGUAUGACAAAUACAAGGUGAGAGCACAGAGUAUAUUACGGCAGAAUCACAACCACCGCGAUCUAGGCUUAGAAGAAAAACACUCGGAAGAACUUGCUACUUUAAAAGCGCAAAGUGCUGUCCUAUUAGGCCAGCUCAAUGAAUAUAAAGAGCAACUUAAAACUUUGAAGAAUACAAAUACCGGGCUCACCAUGAAGGAGGAAGCAAACGAGAAGAAAAUCAAGGAAUUACAGAAUGAAAUAUCGGUUCUUCAAAACAAGCAUUCACAGCUAUCUGCUAAGUUCGAUAACACUGUUGUAGAACAUGCAGAAACUGUCAGAAGCCUAAAGGUUCACGCAGAAACGUUAGCGCAAUGUUACAGACAGCAAAUAUCGGAGCAAGAAGCUAGACAUAACAAAGAAAUAAUAGAACUCCAGAGCAAGAUUGAAAAAGCUCCCUCUCCUGUUGAGCAUAAUUUACCGCCUCCUCUUAUGCAUAGGGAAGAAGGAGAAGGGUCUGAAAAUACAGAGAGUACGUAUUCUCCAAACAAGGUCCACCCGGUUCCCCUGGAACGGCUUUUAGCCACUGAGGACGACCAAGAGCUGGCGAAUUUGAAGAAGCAACUUCACGAGCAAGAAUUGAAACUUAGUCAUUUGACGGCGCUAUUGGCCGAUACAGAACAGGAUUUGGCCAAGCAUACGCAGAUGAACGAGGUGCUGAAGGAGGAGAUUAGGAGACAGCAGAGGUCGCAAGAAAGGGAACGCCACGCGGAGAAUUUGGAAUACCUUAAAAAUGUCGUAUUCAAGUUCGUGACAUUGAGCAACAGUGAUGAGAGGACGAGGUUAGUGCCAGUACUGAAUACCAUUCUGAAACUGAGUCCUGAUGAAACUAGGCAGUUGACAACUGUAGCUAAAGGAGAGCCCUCUGCCACCCUUAAGGGAUGGACGAAUCUUUUACCCACAUGGUCAUCAUCUCCAUCUAAACCCUGAAACGUUUUCGAUUUUGCAGAUGAUUUUCCCUAAUUCCUAUACAAGCGAUGAGCCAUAAGUGAAAACGCAUGUUGGAAGACUACUAGCCCUAGUUUAAUUCCUAGGUGAUUAAAAAAAAGGUGAAACAUUUCUAGAGCAAAAAGUACGUCGACAAAUAAUAAUAGGAAACAUUUCUAUAAACAUAUGUUCUAAAAUUACUCUAUGCAGAAGUACAGGUUAUUAUUUUCUGUGUAAUUUUUUCAAUCACGUGCUUAAAAAUCCUUGAAUAAGAAUUGGCAACUGUUUUUUCACUUAGGAUGAGGCUGAGUUUUUAGUAUGGGCUCGGUACAUAUAGCUGUUAUUACGUAAGAAAUAUGAAAAGUUAAAUACAAAAAUUGUAGUCAUCAGUAUGCUUCUGAUUUGGAAACUACUUUUAUGAUGAUUCAUAACUAUGUGGUGAUCCAGACAUGCAUUUUUUAAAUGGAAAGUCAAACGUUUUAUCGCAGAUUUGAAUAGGCUAUUCGAAAUGAAGCAAUUUGAUAUAACAUACUGUAGGGUUUUACUUAUAAAUUGUUGAGAUAUUGGACAAUCUAUCGAAAAAAGCAGUCAAAUUUGUCAACUCGUACGUCCGCAAUUGAUAGCAGUUAUCAACUAUAAAUCUAGAGUAGUGAAUUUAUCGUCAGAAAUAUUUUAUGAUCCCAUAUUUUGUUGCAGUCUUACUUUUUGAGUUUUUUUGGAUAGUUUAUACAGGAUUCAAGAAGGCAAAAUGAACUAUUGCUCAAAAUUUUCAAAUGGAACACCCUGCAUAUUUUCAUAUUUUUUCAUUCCACUUUUCUCAAGAUUUUUUCUGAGAAGGUUGUUGGGGUUUGGUUCUAGUUUUGGAAUUACUAAAAACACAGGAACACAUUCUUGACUUUAUAUCUUGAUUGCACAAAACUGGGUAGAUUUAAUUCAUCAUGAAUAUACACCAAUUCUAAUGAUUUGCCGUUACCAACCAAAUGCUAUUUUCUUAUUUUGAAAUUUGUUUUAAUAUUUUCCAUUUACUUUUAUAUCUGAUUUACAUAAAGGUUUGUUGUAGAGAAAUAUGAAAAUAUACAGGGUGUUCCAUUUAAAAUUUUCGAGUAAUCGUUCAUUUUGUUUUCUUGGCCACCCCGAGUAAACUUAAAAAAACUGAGAAAGUAAGUAGAUAUAGGAUCAUAAAAUUUCACUGACUAUACAUUCAGUACCCUGGCUAUGACGGUUACGGAUGUUUUUUCGAUACAUUGUUCAAUUCUUUCCAUUAAAAAAAAAAAACCGUUUGGGUCGCCACGUACAGUCAAAAUCACGAAUGAUGACUAUUACGUCAUACCAUAAAUUGUACUGAAAUAAACACUGGGCGUACGUCGAUGAUAAAGUCACGAUGUCAGGGCCAUAUGACCGAAGUUCGGUUAUUUGAGCGAUUAUUUGCCGGUUUCAAAUAAUUAUCCGUACACAUAUUUACAUUUUAAAUAUUUGCAGUAAAAUUACAUAUUCAUGUAUUUUAUAAAAACUAGCAUUUCCUCGCGUAUCUGUUUACAAUAAUUGUGUAUUUUGAACCCAUUUUUUGUUUGUCUAGUAUUGUUGAAUCCGUAAAAUUUUUACCAAAAUUAUAACAAUAUAUGGCUAUCAGCUUCAGUAUAGUGACCAAUUGAUUCUGAGAAGAUGAUUUUAUUUUAGUGAAUCUGAAAAAACAUUACAAACAUAAAAAUGAAAAUAUUUUUCAAUUUUGCACUAUUUCAUGUCAUGCAUCCACAGUGUUUAUUUCAACAUACAGUACAAAAUUAUACAAAAUACAUUUCAUCAAAUAAACUGAACAAUUUCAUUUACAAAGAUUUCAUUACAUUACUUAUAGUCAAAUUCAGAUUGAAAUUAAUCGUUUCUGUCACAUUCAGUAUCGCUAUUUGAAUCAAAUGAGAUUAUCACUGGUUCUAUUUCAUGAGUAACAGUUUUCUUGUACCAAUCUGAAAUUACCUCAUGAGUAUGUUUCACACAUUUUUUCCAAACUUCUGGUGUAAGUUGUGACAGAGGUUCAUUCCACAUAGCUAAAACAUUUUCAUCACUAUGACCACAUCUUCCAAUAUGUGGUAUGGGGGGGUACGAAGAACUUCAUGUCCAUAACUUCUUAUGAUUUCUUCUAUUGAAUAUUUCUUUUCUUUACGAUUUCUUUUCACUAUAUUCAGUAACUCUACUUUAGUUAAUGUUGAUUGAAACUCAAUUUUAUUUUUAACCAGCCAGUCACUGAUCUCUUUUUUUGAAGAACUUGUGUUUGGAAUCUUUUCCAAUAAAAUGAUGUGGUAGGGUGCAUUAUCCAUAAUUAUUACUGAUGGCUCUGCAGAGGAGUUAUUCUUUCAACCAUUUAAUGAAUCUCUCGCCGUUCAUAUCACCAUGGUAAUCUGCAUAUUUAGACUGUGAGGAAAAUAACAGGCUUGCUCCAUCAACAAAUCCCUUUUCGCUUCCUGCAUGGACCGCAAUAAAUCGCUUUCCUUGAAAGCCCAAUGGUUUCCUUACACUUUUUAUUGACUCAUCUUGCCAAGACAUUUUGGGAUUGCCUUUUGAAAAUACCCAUGUUUCAUCCAUGAAAACAAUUUGAUGUGAGGAAGUGCUUACAUAGUCAUUAUAAUUUCUCAAAAAUUUGGUGCGAAGUAAAGCAAUACUGGAUUGUUCAACUAGAAAUCUUCUAUCACCAUCUUUUUUAAAUUUAAAACCUAUGGUGGGCAGCACUCUUUGCAAAGAGCUAUUGCUGAUAGAAGCAAGCUCUUUCUCUCUAAGUGUUUCAUUCAAAUUUACUAUUGUGACAUGUUUUUCUGAAAAAAAGUUUCAAUAAUUUGGAAUCCACCAUCUCAUGCUCAUCAUCAUUGCUUUCAGAAUACAUUUGAUGCACUGUGUCUCUCAUACUAUGCUUAAGUGCAUCAGAUAAAUCUGUAGUUUUAGAUUUUUUUCUGGGUCUCUUCUUUCCAGGUGACCUUAAUACAUUAUCAUUAGAUGACGAUAAACGUCUUUGUAUUCUUGUAAUAGUGGACAAACUAAUAUUUAGUGCCCAAGCCACCCCCUAAAAAAUAUUAUAGAAUAAAUUAGCGACCAUAUUUCUAAUUAUUACAAACCUCUUUAACAGCUGACAAUGGUAAUAGAGGCCCUCCAUUAUCCUUUUCUUGUUGAAAGUAAUUCAACAAGGAUAGCAUCAAGCCCUACGAUUGAGAGUUAAGAGUUUUGCCUUUCAUAGCAAAAACUCGCAAACUAGAAUUGAAAAGUCGUAAAAGAUGGAUUUAUGUUGGGAAUGAUUUAGUUCCUACCUUAAUAAUAAUUUUAGUGAGGAGUUUGUGUUUGAAAAACCAGGUAUAAGAAGAACACACCUUAAGACAGGAACACCAAAGACCAAAGUAAUUUUCGAAAAUAAACUAACCUGAUCUAACAUAAUCUGACUUUUCAUCUGUCAAAUGUGAUCGAUCAAGCAACAUGAAAACAUCGUCUAUCUAUGUCGGAUACAUGCAUAUUAGUAACACUGUUCGUUUAGACAAUAAAAUUAUGUUUGUCUCUGUGUACCAUACCUAAAGCUUCAUUAAAAAUAUUGACAAAUCACUGUCGUUUGUCUUUACUAGAGAGUAAAAUGAUGACGUAAUCGUCAUCUUUCGUGAUUUCGACUUUAGUUAUGCAUCACCCUUUAGGUACCAUGUGUAAUAACGAUGUUAUCGGCCGAGCCGACACUAUAAAUUCACCCUGUAUAUUGAUACUUAAAUGUAAAUAAUUUCAUGUGUUAAUAAUCAUGUUAUGAAAUACUAUUGACGUUUCCAUUAUUUGUACAAAAAUUAUAAAUUUUAUUAACAAUAUGUAUUAUGAAAUGUAUUAUAUAUUUUUAUUAGUCUAGUUAUAGGCUAAUAAAAUAUUCCAACAAAAAAAAAUGUCCAGA